UAUAUAGUGCUCUCAUCUUCUCGUCCACUGCCCACCCCACAGUCAUCUCUUUCCCCCUUCCUCCUCCCUUCCCCUUAAGGGGUCCUUCUGUUUUCCCUUCAUAAAUCCCACCGGCAUUGCCAUUUCCCCUUCCAAUUCCUUCACAAAACAUGGAAAUUCCCAUCCUACCCAUUGCUCUGUUUCUGGUAAUUUGUGCCCCCUCUGCCCUGGGCGGCCACGACUACGGCCAAGCUCUGAGCAAGAGCAUUCUGUUCUUUGAAGCUCAGAGAUCCGGCUACCUCCCCCACAACCAGCGCGUCACUUGGCGCGCCAACUCCGGCCUUCAAGAUGGCAAGGCCAGCGGGGUGGAUCUAACCGGAGGAUACUACGACGCCGGCGACAAUGUGAAGUUCGGACUGCCGAUGGCGUUCACGGUGACGAUGAUGAGUUGGAGCAUUGUGGAAUACGGGAAACAAAUGGCCGCUAAUGGUGAACUUGGUCAUGCUCUUGACGCCGUGAAAUGGGGCACCGAUUACCUCAUCAAAGCCCACCCCGAACCCUAUGUUCUUUAUGGAGAGGUGGGAGAUGGGAACACGGACCAUUACUGUUGGCAGCGGCCGGAGGACAUGACGACGGACCGACGAGCUUACAAGAUUGACCCGAGCAAUCCCGGGUCGGAUCUCGCAGGAGAAACCGCCGCCGCUAUGGCCGCUGCCUCGCUCGUCUUCCGCCACUACAACCCCUCCUACGCCAAUGAGCUCCUCUCCCAUGCCCGCCAGCUGUUCGAGUUCGCGGACAAAUACAGAGGAAAAUACGACAGCAGUAUUACUGUCGCUCAAAAGUACUAUCGAUCUGUCAGUGGCUACAAUGAUGAGCUACUGUGGGCAGCUGCUUGGUUGUAUGAGGCAACAAACAACCAAUAUUACUUGAAUUACCUCGGAGAAAAUGGGGAUUCCAUGGGAGGAACUGGUUGGAGCAUGACUGAAUUU